AUGGAUGCAUCGAUCCCCGUUUUCGAAAAACCACAUCCACGUCUGACCGUAUUAGAUUGGACUAGAAAUAUUCAGAGAUUGCAGAACGAAGCGAGAUUACGAAGAUUUGAAUCCUACGAAUUACGCCAAAGAAGUAAUCAGUUAAGGAAUGAAACUGGUGUAACUACACGUUGGGAUAAUUAUGUAAACAAUGAACUGUUACGAGACAGGAUCUUUGAAGUGGAAUCUUGGAGGGAGAAACAGAGGUAUACGAGAGAAUGCGUGAGGGACGAGAUAAGAGCACUAAAAGAAGAGAAGAAUGCCACGGAGCUCCAUCUGGAAUCGUUGCAGGAACUCCAUAUAAUAGAGAACAGUAAGCGAGUGUUGACGGAUGCCUGCCACAUGGGUUGGGAGAAACUGAAGGAUUUGACCAACGUGUUCUGUAGACUAGAGCGCGAGAUACAGAACAAGGACGACGCCCUCAUGCUUGAGUACCGCGUCAAAGAGUUGACGAGAGACAGCUCGGAAGAGAGCUACGUUCACUGCAUAGAAAAUACCAUAAAAAUUGCUGAACAGCUGAUGUCUGAAUCAAAAGCGUUACGGGAGAGCAUGUUCAAGGCGCGGGAACAAGCUCGGAACCAAAUGUAUGCACAAUGUCAAACUGUGGAGGCAAUAAUGCGAAGACGCGUAUACGACAUACAACGGGCUAGAAACGAGAUGGAGUGGCAGAAAUAUAAGCUGGAAACGAAUUUGGAAAAAGUAGACAGAGAGAUUGAAGCACUGCGUGCAGCAGUGGCGGAUAAGAUAAAUCCGACCAAGCUGGUAGAAACCAGACUCGAGACUCGCAAGUUACGCCCCGUGCUAGAGAGAGUACAGGAUAAACCAAUGAGAGGGCUGAUAGAAGAAUACGAGAGGGUCCACAUGAGCGCCGCUCAACUGGAGAAAAAGUUGGAAGACGCUCUAACUACUUACCACGGCAUGUACAACCAUCAUCAACGAGUUAUGAAAGACUUACAGUACAAGAACCAAGCGUUAGAAACGGACAGGCGGUUGGCAGAGAUUCGGAAACCGAUUCAUGCUCCAGACGAAACAGAGUUCCAGAGAAACGUGGGCUAUUGCCAUAUGAACGAGGAACUAGCGCAAUAAGAAUUUGGACCUUUAGCAAACAGGUAUAAAGUAUAAUAUGUUUUAAAAAACUUUUAAAAUAUGUCAAUUCAUGCCACCACGAUUGCUGUGUUCAAUACCUUCUUUUGAGAUGACGAUCUUAAUAUGUUGUUCUAUGUACCAGUUUGUCAUGUCUGUAAGUACAGUCAAUAGCAUGUCGGAGUAGUAAAAGUACAAAGUGAAAAAUUUCUUCAUUCAAUUUUAAACGGUGCAGUUCAAAUAUCAAACGCAGAAAGUUGACUUAUUGUGGUCUAUUAUUGCUGUGUUCAACGGGCCAUUUCUUAUAAGCCUUGCAUU